GCCAGACACUGACAACGCCUUCUCAGCAGAACUUUGGACGUAACACACAGGAUCAGCUCAGUCCACAGCUGGCCGACAUUGCUUGUGCGCGACAGUCACAUCGCUCAGAACCAGUAUGUCGGACUUCACAAAUACCAGAGAAUAUGAAGAGCAGUUUGACCCACGACUGUAUCUAGAAACCUAUUUCCAUUUGGGAUCUGGAAGCCUGGCCGAUGAUUUCCUGAGGUUUGUCCUUGACAAUUUCAACAAGACUUUCAAAUCAGGCGCUGUGAAAGGAUCUACACUCAUUGACAUUGGCACCGCUCCCUCCAUCUACCAGCUUCUCUCAGCCUGUGAAUGCUUUGAUGAUAUUACAGUCACCUGGCAUACUAACAGAGAGCUAAAAGAGCUGCAGAAAUGGCUGAAUAAUGAAGCUGACGCCUUUGACUGGUCAUCUGUAGUGAAACACGUCUGUGAAAUAGAAGGAAAAAGCAUGGGCCAGAAGGAGAAGGAGGAGAAACUCAAAGGAAAAAUAAAAAAAGUUUUCAUGUGUGAUGUCAGUAAGAGUAAUCCAUUGUCACCACAUGAAGUGCCCAAAGCUGAUUGCCUCCUUACAACUGUUUGCCUGGAAGCUGCUUGCAAGAAUUAUGAGUCCUACGGGACGGCUCUGAAGAAUCUCUCCAAUCUUCUUAAACCAAAGGGACACUUGCUAAUGGCAGGAGACCUUGGGGCCAAUUACUAUGAAGUUGGUUCCAAUAAAGUUUUCUCUCUUCCUGUUAAUGAGAAGUUUCUGAAAAAAGUCAUUAGCGAAAGUGGCUAUGAGAUCAUACAACUGGUGUCUUUCGGGAAGCCGGAAAAUGCUGACUUUGACGCCUCUGAUUAUGAGGGCUUCUAUUUUGUUCAUGCUCAAAAAGUAUAAGUUUAUUUGUUGUAAAAAUUAAACUAGCUCAAUUGUAUCCUACCACAGAGCAUAGAUUAAAGAAAAUACCGUACCUAUCUAUAUACAAAUGUAAACUCAUUGACAAAACAUAAAGCACCCAGAUAGAAAUGUCAUUGUCAUGCUAGGGCUUCCCACUGGUAUUUUUCAGUAUGAUUUCCCAGGAAUAUCUCCAACACUUCCUUGACUGCCCGGUCACCAGAUUUAUCGCCAAUCCAGCAUUUAUGGGAUCAGCUGAGACGCCAGCUUCAGCAACCUACGAGUGUGUAGGAUCUACAGGCCCAGCUGUAACAUCUGUGGGCAAAUGUACUGCA